AUCAGACAACUCAAAUAAAAUAAUCUAGUCAUAUAGAAUAGAAUUUCGUAAUUAUAAUGGUUCAUUUUUUCUCUUCUCUGUUGGUUAGUUUAUUUACCGCUCUGUGCUAUGUGUGAUCCUCUGUCCUUUCCUUAGCUGGCAAUCUGGGUUCCAAAAAUCUGUCACCAUUCCAAAGCAAUGCGUCUUCGUAUGUCGAGCAGAGAGCGGGGAGAGAUAUUUAGAGCGAGACAUAUUUCCUUCUCCACUGCCGAAGAGAAUACCGCAGCUAUUAAUAAAUAAAUAACGACGUAGUAAAACUGUUUGACAGUAUGACAAGAUCUCCUCUGACUUCUUCUGCUAAAGACACGAAUUAGCCUGACGCAAACAUGUCAUAUGGGUCUCAAAUCACGUUAAAGCGAGCUGCAUAAAUAAUGCGUGCGUGAGUAACAUAUACUGUAAACGAAGGGAGAAAUCAGGGAGGAUAGCGGAGGGCCAGUGGUAAGCGGCUCACCACUACGAGCCUGUCGUCUGUGCCAGACCAAAGGCGGGGAAAGCGGGCCGAGACAUCAACAUGUCGAACCGAAAACAUCGGGACAACCAAGAGAUAUGCGCCCGCAAGGUCCGGGAGUUGGCCCAGGCUGGAGUAAACAAACACUGCUUCGAGUGCAGUCAACCCGGGGUGACUUACAUCGAUAUCACCGUGGGCUGCUUCGUUUGCACGUCGUGCUCUGGAAUGCUGAGAGGACUCAACCCUCCCCACAGAGUCAAGUCUAUCUCCAUGACAACCUUCUCCCAACAGGAAGUGGAGUUUCUGCAAAACCAUGGCAAUGAGGUGGGGAGGAGGACCUGGCUGUGUGUCUUUGAGCCAAAGACAGAUGGAUGCUUCAACACAAGGGACUCACAGAAGCUCAAGGAGUUCCUCCAGGACAAAUACGAGAAGAAGAAAUGGCAUUUUUCGAAGAACAAGAGCCGGAGGGAGGUGGAGGGACCCUGGAGCCCGCCGGGGGUGCAGGCCUUACCCUCCUCUCACGGCCCCCCACCCACCCAGGCCCCAUCCCACGCCAUGCCCCCCUCCGCCAGACCCAUACGCACACUGUCCCAGUCCCAGCUCUCGUCCUGGGGGGACAGAGUCCCUGCCAUCUCCCCUGCGGACAUGAGGGCUGAUGUGUUUACCGCCCGUGCUCCCUCACGCUCCCAGAGCUUUAGAGACCCCCCAAUGAAAGAGUCUCUACUGAGAGGUAUAGAGAGACAACGUCCAGGCUCUCUGUCUUCAACAAUGGGACCCCAGAGCCACGCCCCCUCCUUUCCAGCCCUCCCUCGACCCUCAGGUCGUACAGUGUCCUCCUCGGGGGGCUUAGCCCCCUUCAGGGCCUUCCCUAAGUCUCUGAGCGUGGAUUUUGGGGGGCUCAGCCAGCAGCAGAGUCACAGUGCCCUCAGCAUCAACCCCCCAGCCCCCAGCCCAAACACACACACAAACCACCAGGACCGCUAUGCUGCCCUGUCCCAACUAAACAGUGUCUUCUCUGACACGUCGCCUGGACCUGGACCUACAGCGCCCCCCGGCGGACUACCCCAGUAUAGCACCCUAUUUGGAAACCGCCUGUCCUCCAGUUCCACUCCUGCCAGCUCUCCAGGCGUGGAUGCUGUGUCGGGAUCCCAAACAUUUGCAAACUUCCCCAACCCGUUCAGCUCCAGUUCCAGCUCUCAGCAGCAGCAGCCUGCCCUGUCCCCCAGUAACCCCUUCAACAGGUCCACCUCAGGAGGUGACUCCAGUGGGUUCGUCAGCUCUCCAACCUCAGUGUUCCCUCCGUCCGCCACCUUCCCAACUCCCGCUACCCAGAAUGCAUUUCCACACAAGCAUGCCAACAACCAGGAAGCCAACGGUUUUGCCUCUUUCCCUGCAUCGGACUCUCAACCCAAAGUUCCUCGUCCAAUGUCAGUGAACCCAUUCACUGGGAAUGUUUACUCGAGUAGAGGAACAUCGCGAAACCCUUUCAUCUGAUACCGGCGCCCCCGGCUACCCCCCAACCACCCCUGGGCACAUGAAGACCAGUGAACUUUAGGAGCUUCUGCCAUUUCAAUGCCUCUAGAGUAUUUUCGCCUUCAGAGAGAGGGGAAACCUUCAUGCAGGCUCCUCUCCCCUCUACGUACAUGUGUGUGUGGAGUCUCUGUACAGUAAUGUUGAUCUGUUGAAAUAACGUGUACAAAUGCGUGCCUGUGUGUGUGUGUGUGUGUGUGUGUGUCUGUGAGUGACCAUAUAUUAAAGGUGUUUGUAUGACAAUAGAAUCCACCUCAGGGCUCAGUGGGUGCCAUCAACAAGACACAUACACACACACACACACACACACACACACACACACACGCUUCGCUGUUUCUCCCAUGUCCCGCUUUUGUGCAACAACAGUCCCAUUUGUAAAACAGUACGCCAAAUCAUCACAUUCGGCUUGCUUUUUGGAGCCACCUCUGAAAACGGCCUUCAAAAACUCCCCAAAACUAGCCAGUCCAGUUAGUCAGUCAGCGUGUAUCAAGUUACAGAAGGGAGAGAUAUCCCACUUCAAGGCUAUGAGAGCUGAACAAGAUGACAAGAGCAAAAAAUUAUGACAAGCAAGCAUUUUUUUCCCAUAGUGAUGGUUAUGGCAGCCUUAACACAACAUCCUCCUAAUGCAUGUAGAUAGGAGGACAUUACAGACAAGCCUGUCUUUCCCCCCAUGUGCUGUGUGUAUGUAUGUGGAAAACACGUUUGUAUUGUUUUAUGUCCGUUUUUGUCUUGAGUAAAUCAUUUGUGUUUCAGUCUCAGACUGCAUGCGCUUGGAGGGCUUCAAGAGGAGAUACUAUUGAAUGUAAAAGCUAUUUUCAAAACAAAACUGUUUUAUUUCUCCCUGUAAUGGACCAAAUGUUUGUUAUUUUGGGUGAAAAUAAGAGAUUAAAUUGAUCUCGUGCAAACAAAAGAAAGAGUUCUAUUGAGAAAGUGUUUGUAAUGAUGUGUCCAUGUUCAUAAAUUCAAAUAUUUGUCGCGUCUUUAAA